CACCAUUAUCGCAACUGAUCAGUGGCCUGCCAAAAAUAGCAGGAGCCAGUAAGUAGGAGGCGAACCCGGCCGUCUACCUAUUACCUGCUGCUAGCUCCUCUCGCCGUCAGCCCGCCUCAUCCGGCGACAUGUCGUCGGCUCCCCUGCUCGGCGACUGCGGCAAUGGCGAUGGCAUGGGCGCCGCCAGCAAAGGUGGCGGCCAGGAGCAGCUGCCGUGGUGGUCACGGUGGCUGGGGCGCAUGGUGGACACGGAGGAGGCGGAGGCGGAGGCGCAGCUGCGGUUCGCGGUGCCGAUGGUGGUGACCAGCAUGGCCUACUACGGCAUCCCGCUGGUGUCGGUGAUGUUCUCGGGCCACCUCGGCGAUGUCCACCUCGCCGGCGCCACGCUCGGCAACUCCUGGGCCACCGUCACCGGCUACGCCUUCGUGAUGGGCCUGAGCGGCGCCCUAGAGACGCUAUGUGGGAAGGCGUAUGGCGCCCGGCUGUACCGCAUGCUGGGCCUGUACCUGCAGUCAUCGUGCAUCAUGUCGGCCGCCGUGUCGGCGCUCAUCUCUGUACUCUGGUACUUCACGGAGCCACUGCUGCUGUUCCUUCAGCAGGACCCCGAUGUGUCCCAUGCUGCCGCGGUGUUCGUCCAGGCCCAGAUCCCAGCCCUCUUUGCGUUCGCCUUCAUACAGUGCCUGCUCCGAUACCUGCAGACACAGUCCGUGGUGCUCCCGCUCGUCGUCUGCUCCGUGGCGCCCUUCGCCCUCCACAUCCUUCUCGCGCACCUGCUGGUGAACGUGCUCGGCCUGGGGCUCGCUGGCGCCUCCGCUGCGGUCUCGGCGACACUAUGGCUGUCCUGCCUGAUGCUGCUCGCCUACGUGCUUCUCUCCGAGAAGUUCAGUGAGACAUGGAGGGGGUUCUCCGCUGACGCCUUCAAGUACGUGCUACCCACCGUGAAGCUCGCCACGCCGUCAGCCAUCAUGGUCUGCUUAGAGCUAUGGGCGUUCGAGCUCCUGGUGCUCAUCGCCGGUUUGCUACCGAAUCCCACCGUUGACACGCCGCUGAUCGCCAUGUGCUCUAGCACGGAGGCGAUUAUCUGCAUGAUCUCAGUUGGGUUCAGUGCCGCGGUGAGCACACGGGUGGCGAACGAGAUCGGCGCGGGGAACGUGGACCGGGCGAGGAACGCGGUGUCGGUGACGAUGAAGCUCUCGGUGUUCCUCGCCAUCUCCUUCGUGCUGCUCCUGGGGUUGGGCCACGACCUAUGGGCGAGCCUCUUCAGCCGGAGCUCCACGAUCGUGUCCCAGUUCGCGGCCAUCACGCCGCUCAUGAUGAUCUCCAUUGUGCUUGACUCGGCGCAGGGCGUCCUGGCAGGUGUGUCGCGGGGCUGCGGGUGGCAGCACCUGGCUGCAAUGACCAACCUGGUGGCCUUCUACUUGGUCGGCAUGCCGCUCGCCAUCCUCUUCGCCUUCAAACUCAAGUUCUAUGCCAAGGGUUUGUGGGCGGGGCUGAUUUGUGGGGUGACAUGCCAAGCCUGCUCAUUGCUGGUGAUCACCGUCCGCACCAAGUGGUCGAAGCUCGUGGAGGUCAUGCAGGAGGAGAAAGCCAACUACGUCGCGUAGCACAAAUAAUGCUAUCUCUUGAGUUCUUGACCCGAAAAGGGGAAUGGAUCGGAGUUCUACGCCGUGAUUAGGCCUGGAACAAGUGUUGGGGAAUUUUGUUAACUAGGAAAGCUGUAUCCAAACUACCAGAAAGCACCCUCAUAUUAGACUUUGUGGAAUAAUUAGUUCCUAUGAAAUGGUCGAACAUAUGGACAUGAGUUGGAUAACCGAUUAAGAUUAAACCUCAUGGCAAGAACCAUCU